AACUUUUCUUCCUGCUCUCUCUCUAACCUAAGCGCGAUGAGCAGGCCCAGUAGCCACGUCCAGCUGCUGAUCCUCGGCUCGGGCUGGACGGGCAAUUUCCUGCUGCCGCUCCUCGACGCCCAAGGCAUCUCGUAUGCCUAUACCUCGCGGACCGGCACGCGGCACCGCCACGCCGCCCAGGACCCCAUCACCUUCUCCACCGCCGCAGACGAGAGUGAGGGCGCAGGCAGCAUCACGGGCCUCGAUGCAAUGCCGAGCGCCGACAACAUCGUCGUCGUCUUCCCGCUCCGGUCGCCCGAGUCCGCCACGCGGCUCGUCGAAGCGUAUGAGUCUGCACACCCGGGCGGGAGCGCGCGCUGGAUCGCACUGGGCAGCAGCGGCGCCUGGGGAAAGGGCGUCCACACCUCCGCCUCACCACCGUCGACGCCAAUGAGCCCCCGCGCAGAGUCCGAGGCCGCCCUCCUCGCUCUGGACUCGUCAUCAUCCUCGUCCUCCUCAUCCAACAGAAGAAGGACGGCGGUGCUGAACCUGACGGGCCUCUACGACGACGAGAUCCGACUGCCGGCCAAUUUUGCCAAGCGCGUCGGCGACAGCAAGGACAAGCUGGCGGGCAAGACGAGCCUGCAUCUGAUCCACGGCCGCGACCUGGCACGAUCCGUCGUCGCCCUGGCACAGAGCUCGAGCACGGCGCCGGUCUGGGGCAAGCGGUGGAUCGUCUCGGACACGCACGUCUACGAUUGGUGGCAGCUCAUGACGACGCUCGCCGUACCACCACAGAAGGCCGUCGUCGAGCACGCAGACGAGUGGGUCAGGGAGCUGAUGGAGGAGCACGGUAUCCCAUCGCUGCCCCGUCCAGUCUCGGAGCAGGCCAGCGGGUCACCACGCUUCCUAGACCGUGCACUGAACAGCGACGACUUCUGGCACGCCAUCAACCUUCGACCCAGCGUGGGGCGGUGCGACGAACAGAGCUCAUCGAAGCAAAAAAAGUCUUUGAUAUGAAGAUGCAAUUGCACACUUGUUUUUCUUUAAUAUCAUGCCACCUUUUUCAUCGUC